AUAAAUAAAAGAAGGCUUGAAAACUUUUAUGUUCUUUUUUUUCUUCUUUUCUUGUAGUCACCACCACUACAUGGAAGCAGACAAUGGUACAGGAAUUUCAGAGUUUCUUCUUCUGGGGUUUUCAGAGGACCCAGAACUGCAGCCCCUCAUAUUUGGGCUUUUCUUCUCUAUGUACUUGAUCACUGUGCUUGGAAACGUACUCAUCAUCCUGGCUGUCAGCUCUGAUUCCCACCUCCACACCCCCAUGUAUUUCUUCCUGGCCAACCUGUCCUUUGUAGACAUCUGUUUUACCUCCAGCACCAUCCCCAAGAUGCUGUGGAACAUCCAGACUCAGAGCAAAGUCAUAACUUAUGCAGGUUGCAUCACACAGAUGUAUUUUUUCAUACUUUUUGCAGACUGGGACGACUUUCUCCUGACUGUGAUGGCCUAUGACCGCUUCGUGGCCAUCUGUCACCCCUUGCACUACACGGUCAUCAUGAAACCCCAGCUCUGUGGACUGCUGAUUCUGGUGUCCUGGGUCAUCAGUGUUCUGAAUUCCUUGUUACAGAGCUUGAUGUUGUUGCGGCUGUCCUUCUGUACAGAGGUUGAAAUCCCCCAUUUUUUCUGUGAACUCAACCAGGUAGUUGGGCAUGCCUGUUCUGAUACAUUUCUUAAUGACAUGGUGAUGAAUUUGGGAAUUCUGCUGCUUGGCGGUGGUCCCCUUGCUGGGAUCCUUUAUUCAUAUUCUAAGAUCGUUUCCUCCAUACGUAGAAUAUCAUCAGCUCAAGGCAAGUAUAAAGCAUUUUCCACCUGUACAUCUCACCUCUCUGUUGUCUCCUUAUUUUAUUGUACAAGCCUGGGAGUGUACCUUAGCUCUGCAGCUACCCAGAGCUCCCAUGCAAGUGCAGUAGCCUCAGUGAUGUACACGGUGGUCACACCCAUGCUGAACCCCUUCAUCUAUAGCCUGAGGAACAGAGACAUAAAGAAGGCUCUGAAAAGAAUCACUGGGGUUCCAGUGAUGUAA